AUGGAAAUCAUUCUAAUUGAGAAAACUGGUCCAGGAGACAAUGUGAUGCAUGAUGCUGUACCGAAAGACAGAGAGAAGCUGUAUUUUAAGUUGCGACAGGGGAUAGAGAAGAAAUUGAUCAUCACUAUGCAGCAAACAUCGAAUUGUGAACUCGAUAUUGAGCGAUGUUUUGGCAUGCUCCUUAGUCCGGGGAAAAACGUACGGAACAGUGACAUGCACUUGCUUGACCUGGAAUCCAUGGGAAAGAGUUCAGAUGGCAAGUCCUAUGUAAUUACAGGAAUGUGGAAUCCUAAUGGUCCUGCCUUUCAGGCUCUGAAUGAGGAGACUCCUAAAGAUAAAAGGGUCUACAUGACUGUGGCUAUCGACUUAAUAAUUACUGAAGUGGUAGAGCCUGUCCGGUUUCAGUUGGAAGCGGUGGUCCGUGUGUAUCCGACCAAUGAGAGAUUCUGGUACUUCAGCAGAAAAACCUUCUCCGAAGCUUUCUACAUGAAGUUGAAACAGGCUUUUACCUCGAAUGAAAAACAGAAUGAAGAGGAAGUUCAGACAGCGUGCGUCGCAGAGAGAGUGAACAAGGAAGGGCACAAAUGA